UGCUACUAAACACGGAACAAUGAGUUGGAAAAUUAUAAUUUUAUUAGCUAGUUUAAACGUUUUAGUAACAUCGUUACCAAAUGAUCCAAUUCAAGAUCAAGGAGACAAAUUGUAUGACGGGAAAUUCGUUAGCCUGUUAAACUCUAUGAAAACUUUAGACGAGAAAAAAUUCGAUUUCAACAAAAUCGAUGUUCAACAGCUUUCGGAAGAAUGCGGCGCGGACGAGAACUGUUUGGGCAGUAAAAAGGCGUCCUUAGAACAGUACCACCAGAAAAUGCAGGGGAUACAGUGUGUUAAUGGAUUAAUUGUUAUGGAAAUUUGGGAAAAAAUGGAUAAGGAUAUAAGUAAUUUUGUUGAAAAGAAACCCUUCGCUUUUGUUGGGACUACAGCUAAGGAUAAACUACAAAAAAAAGCUAAACAAUACAUUCCUUUCAUGAGAAACAUGUUGUCGGUACUACAGACAGCGGAAGUGGCCCCUUGCAGUUGGCAAAUCGAAAUGUUUACAUUUCUAGCCGGCCUCGAUUUUUCAGACUUGGAUUUCGAUAAAUACGUAAACAAUUUUCCUUCUGUGCUUUUAGGAAUGAACAUAAAAAAAUAUAUUGACCAGUGUACACUGCGAAAUUAUUUAAAAGAAAAUCCCGACAAAAAAAAUGAUUACAUUUCUCGAUAUGUUAACGACAUCAAUGCAUAUACAAAACAUCUGUAUGAAAACCCUUCCUUCGACUAUGCUUACCGUAGCUCCGAAAACUACACCAUACGGAAUCUAAUGUUGGUGCAUUUCUAUGACCGCCAUGCGUUUAUAUAUGAUUGGUCCACGUUGGCAAUCAAACCAAACAUGAGAGUUGUCGAAACACGUGUGAACAAGCUAAUCGACAAGUACAACCCGAUGUUUUCAAAUCGCCUAUGGGCAACAGAACCAAUAUAUAGUAAUAAGUUCCAUUCGUUGAUCGUAAAUUGCAUUCACUUAAGACUGUUAUACCAUGUAUAUGUUCACAUACAUAUAUAUCACACUAUACAGUCUCAAUUGCUGCUUAACAUUGAUAUAUCACAAAAUAUUAAAAAAGGCCAACUUCUCAAAAGUUGGUCUUUUCUCGUAGGUCCUCUUAAAAAAGCUUUAAGGGAACUUAUGAUUGAAGACAAUAUGUAUUGGUCUCUGGUACGCUUUAUGAUGGAUAGUACAAAUAGUAUGAUUAUAAAUAAACUCACAAUUUGGGAGCAUAUCAUGAGAAAACAAUUUUCAAUUCGUUUAGAAGAGAUAACAUUUGUGAGAAAAGCUGAAGCCGAUGGUGUAUUGACGAAACUAACCGUUUCAGAAGACUGUGAUAAAAACCUUGACACUAUCAAGGCUAAUGCCGUUAUGCUAGACGAAUAUACUAAUCAGAUAAUUGAGGUUUCAAAGCCAGUCGACGGUGUUUUUGUUCAAUUGUUAGUGCUUGCCGAAAAAAACCCAUUCCAUUCGCGUUAAUCUUAUGAAUUUUGUAAUU